CUUCGAGGAUGUGGCCGUGACCUUCACCCAGGAGGAGUGGGGGCAGCUGGACCCAACCCAGAGGACCCUGUACCAGGAGGUGAUGCUGGAAAAUUGCAGGCUCCUGGUAUCUCUGGGGUGUCCUCUUCCAAGACCUGAGCUGAUCUGCCAGCUGGAGCACAGGCAGGAGCUAUGGAUGGGGAAGGAAGACCUCUUCCACAGCACCUGUCCAGGUGAGAAGGGUAAACUCAAGACCACAGAACCUACUACUUGUGAACCUGCCCUGUUUGAGGGAGCCUCAUUUCAGGAACAGCUAACACAAGGAGCUGAAUCCCCAGAAGACUUCCAUGUGGACCAAACCAAGGAUCAGAAUGGGCCAUUGGAAUUGCAAGAAAGACAGUUGAAAUCAGAGAUAGAACUGCGGAAGGAGAAGCUUCCUAGGAAGUCAAGCUCUGAACAUGGUGGCUUAGGGACAGCUGAUGGGGUGUGUUCAAGGACUGUGCAGGAGCCAGUCCUUCCAGGAGGUGCUGUCCUUGACCAUGAUUCAUGCAGAUUAGGUAAAAAUCCCAUGAUUCAGGAAGAGGAAAGUAUCUUUAAAUGCAAUGAGUGUGGGAAAGUGUUUAACAAGAAACGCCUCCUUGCUCGACAUGAGAGGAUUCACUCUGGCGUGAAGCCCUAUGAAUGCACAGAGUGUGGGAAAACCUUUAGUAAGAGCACUUACCUCCUUCAACACCACAUGGUCCACACAGGGGAGAAGCCAUAUAAGUGCAUGGAGUGUGGGAAGGCCUUCAACCGCAAGUCACACCUUACACAACACCAGCGGAUUCACAGUGGAGAGAAACCCUAUAAGUGCAAUGAAUGUGGAAAGGCCUUCACCCACCGCUCCACUUUUGUCUUGCAUAACAGAAGCCACACUGGCGAAAAACCCUUUGUGUGCAAAGAAUGUGGAAAAGCCUUCCGAGAUAGGCCAGGUUUCAUUCGACACUACAUCAUCCACAGUGGCGAGAAUCCCUAUGAGUGUUUCGAGUGUGGCAAGGUCUUCAAACACAAGUCAUACCUCAUGUGGCACCAGCAGACGCACACUGGGGAGAAGCCCUAUGAGUGCAGUGAGUGUGGGAAAGCCUUCUGUGAGAGUGCCGCCCUCAUUCACCACUAUGUCAUCCACACUGGGGAGAAGCCCUUUGAGUGCCUCGAGUGCGGGAAGGCCUUCAACCACAGGUCGUACCUCAAGAGGCACCAGCGGAUCCACACUGGGGAGAAGCCGUAUGUGUGUGGUGAGUGUGGAAAGGCCUUCACCCACUGCUCCACUUUUAUCUUGCAUAAGAGAGCCCACACUGGAGAAAAACCUUUUGAGUGUAAAGAAUGUGGGAAAGCCUUUAGCAAUAGGGCUGACCUCAUUCGGCACUUCAGCAUCCACACUGGAGAGAAGCCCUAUGAGUGCAGUGAGUGUGGGAAGGCCUUCAACCGCAGGUCAGGCCUCACGAGGCACCAGCGGAUUCAUAGUGGAGAGAAGCCCUAUGAGUGCAUGGAGUGUGGGAAAACUUUCUGCUGGAGCACUAACCUCAUUCGACACUCCAUCAUCCACACUGGAGAGAAGCCCUAUGAAUGCAGUGAAUGUGGAAAGGCCUUCAGUCGCAGCUCUUCCCUCAGUCAGCAUCAGAGGGUUCAUACUGGGAGAAACCCUGUCAGUGUAACAGAAGUGGAAAGACCCUUUACAAGUGGACAGUCCUCAGUCAACCUCCAAGAACUCCUGUUGGGGAAAGACUUUUUGAAUGUAAACACUGUGGAAAACGUUUUGCCAGAAGAAACAUCUUACUCAGACUCUAAUCAUUCAUACCAAAGAGAAACCCCACAAUUUUCUCCCCUGUGGGACUCCCUGGGCCUCGUGUGCACCUUACAUGGGGAAACUGAGCUCGGAGUGCGACGGUCGGUCGAGGUGACCCCGCUCUCUCCGCGGGGUCGCGCGAUGGCGGCGGCUCUGGUGCACCCGGCGCAGAUGCCUGUGACCUUCGAGGAUGUGGCUGUGAGUUUCACCCAGGAGGAGUGGGAGCAGCUGGAUCUGGCCCAGAGGAUGCUAUACCAGGAGGUGAUGCUGGAGACCUGCAGGCUCCUGGUCUCUCUGGGCUGUCCUUUGUCUAAACCAGAACUGAUCUCCCCGUUGGAGCACAGCCCAGAGUUACAGUCUUUGAAGAGAGGACUCCCCCUAAGCUUCUGCCCAGGUGACGGCACAAAACUCAAGACCAUAGAGCCUCCCUCUUCCCAACAGGCCUUGUCUGAGGACAUCUCAUUCCAGGAGGGACUGACUCAGCGAGUCUCAGGGGACCCCGAGGUUGGGCAAGGCCGGGACCAAGAUGAGCCAUCAGAAGUUCAGGAACACCACCCAAGACCAGGGAUGGCCCCCCCAAAGGAGAAGCUGCCUGGGAAACUGAGCCCUGAAUGUGACAGUUUAGGGAGAGACGAUGGUCUGCCCCCCAGGACUGUCCAGGAGCCAGCCUCUUCAGAUGCUCUCUGUGCGCGAGAUUUACACAGACCAGUGAAAGGUCCCUCAAUUCAUGAAGCAAAACAGUCCUACAAGUGUGAGGAAUGUGGGAAACUAUUCAAUAAGAAAUGCUUCCUGGUUCGACAUAAGCACAUUCACACUGGAGUGAAGCCCUAUGAAUGCACAGAGUGUGGGAAGACCUUUAGCAAGAGCACCCACCUCCUGCAGCACCACAUGAUCCACACAGGGGAGAAGCCCUAUGAGUGCCUAGAGUGUGGGAAGGCCUUCAAGCGCCGGUCACACCUCACCAGGCACCAGCGGAUCCACACUGGGGAGAAGCCCUAUGUAUGCAGCGAGUGUGGAAAGGCCUUCGCCCACAGCUCCACUUUUAUCUUGCAUAAGAGAGCCCACACUGGAGAAAAACCCUAUGAAUGCAAAGAAUGUGGGAAAACGUUUAGCAGUCGGUCAGACCUCGUUUGGCACUUUAGCAUCCACACUGAAGAGAAACCCUAUGAGUGCAGUGAGUGUGGGAAGGCCUUCAAGCGCAGGUCAUACCUCACAAGACACCAGCAGAUCCACAGUGGAGAGAAGCCCUAUGAGUGCCUUGAGUGUGGCAAAGCCUUUUGCCAGAGGGCAAACCUCAUCCGGCACACCAUUAUCCACACUGGGGAGAAGCCUUUUGUGUGCACUGAAUGUGGUAAGGCCUUCACCUACUGCUACACCUUCAUUUUGCAUAAGAGGGCCCACAUUGGAGAUAAACCUUUUGAGUGUAAAGAAUGUGAGAAAGCCUUCAGCACUAAGAAAGACCUCAUUCGACACAUCAGCAUCCACGCUGGAGAGAAACCCUAUGAGUGCAGUGAGUGUGGAAAGGCCUUCAACCGCAGGUCAGGCCUCACGACACACCAGCGGAUUCAUAGUGGAGAGAAGCCCUAUGAGUGCAUGGAGUGUGGGAAAACCUUCUGCUGGAGCGCAAGCCUCAUUCAACACUCUGUCAUCCACACUGGAGAGAAGCCCUAUGAAUGCAGGGAGUGUGGGAAGGCCUUUGGUCGAAGCCAAUCCCUUAGACAGCAUCAAAGGGUUCAUUCUGGGAGAAACGCUGUCAGUAGAAAAGAAGUGGAAAGAUCUUUCACAAGUGGAAAAUCCUUAGUCAACCUCUAAGAUUCCUAUUGUGGAAAGACUUUGAGUAUAAACACGGAAAAUCUUUUGCCAGCAUCUGAUCAUUUAUACCAAAGAGAAUCCCCCCAGUUUUCUUCCCUGUGAGAAAACGUGUUGCAGGAUGUCAGUUGUCAUCUAAUGAGCCAUGUUAGUAAUGAUGCAGCCUAGAAUCUCAUUCUGCAUCUAAGAGUUCAUCCAAGAGAGUAAUCCAGUCUUUACUGUGCACUUAGCAAAACCUUCAGCCACCUUUUACCUUAGUUUACACUGCAAAAUUAUCUCAGGGGUAUUUAAACAAAGCAAGAGGAGACAUAGAAGUAAAAAGACACAAAGUCGAACACAGGUUUUUUGAGACCUCCUGACAAGCCUUUGGCAAUUUGUCAUCCCUUUAAGUGGGGAGCGGGGAGUGUUUCGGAGAUCAGAGUGCCUUGUUCCCUUAUUGGUCUUUUGUGUACAUUCACUUGUGUUGAAUAUCAGGAGAGUUAGUUGAGAGUGUGUCAGAAAACACUGUUUUAAAGCCUUUAUUCUACAACAUUAUCUCUACCCAUGAGCAGCAUGAGUCUUAUGAGAACUAUAAAGGCUCAAGUGAUGAAAUGCUUUGUACUGAGAUAAAGAUGUACCUAUCUGGUACAGAAGAAGCCUCUGAAGUGGUUAAAUUUUCUGUUGAAAAUGACAAACAGAAACAAAGAUACACAUAUGAAUUCAAACUUUUAAAACACACGAUGUUUCUUCCUAUGACUAACCACCCCAAACUCAUUCUUCGUUGUGAUCUACUUAUUUUUUUCUCUGUGUUUCUGUGGGGUGAGGACAGCAGUGUCACUGCGUAACCUCCUCAGAUGGAUCCUAAUUGUAUCCUGAUUGUGAUUUCUGAGUUUCAGUUCUUAGAGGCUUCUACAUCAGCAAUUUUCUAGGGGUUCAGUUAGAGCCAAAAUUUUAAAAAUGGCUGAAUUAAGAAUAAUGGUAAAUUCAGAAAAAAACACAUAGAAUGCAUCUCUUUAAUCUUACAAAAGAUUGUGUGGAGAUUCACUCUCAGAUAAACUGACUUGAAUUUUAACAUGAAGUGGGCAUAUGUACAUGCAGGUAUGUGUGAGUUUUACUGUUUUCACCAUGGGGUUAGUCCCAGUAUAAAGACUAAUGACUAGUACCUUUUAUCAGGGUAUUUUGGAAUUUCUCCUUUGGCAUUUUUUUUAUAUGAUAGUAUUACCUUACAUUAUGAAAUAUACCGUACAGCAAGCUAUAAAAAUAAUCAUAUGUUCACUUUGAACCUUCCUCAGGGCCUUUUAAAUGACCAUGUGUAGAUCUGAAUUGCCAUUGUAGGCCAAGCCACUUAAGAUGUAUUGAUCAUGGAGUAUUGCAAAGGCCACCUCCAUCCUUCUCAUGUCAUGUCUUCAGCAAGUUCUAGGGCCUGAAUAUUUCUUCCUAAAAGUUUUAUAGUUUUACCUUUUACAUUUAAAUCUCUGUUCCAUGUUGAGUUAAUUUUUGUAUUACCCUGUGAGGUUUAGGUUGAGUUUGUGUUUUUGCCUAAGUAUGCUCUGUUGUUCAGGUGCCAUUUCUUGAAAAGACUAUCCUGCUUCCAUUGAACUGCAUUUACUCCUUAGUCAAAAAUUUUUAGAUUUUUUUUGUAUGCACUUUUCUGUGUGUCAUCAUAUGUGGUAUUGAGUUUUUAAUUUCAGGUUGCACAUGAUUACUAUUAUAGAGAAAUGUUAAUUUUUAUAUAUUAACCUUGUAUCCUAUGAUCUUGUUGAAUUCACUAGUUAUGGCAGAUUAAAAAAAAAUUUUAGGAUUUUCUUUAUAAACAGUAUGUUAUCAGCAAAUAGUAAACAUCUUUUCCUGUAGUCUUGUCAUUUCCGUUUACUGUCUUUAUUGUACCACAUUGAACUUCCAGUUUAGUAUUGAAUAAAAGUGAUGGAAGGGGACGUGCUUGCCUCAUCUUACUGCUAGGGAGAAAGCGUUCAGUGUUUACCAUAAAUACGAUGAUAGCUUUGGGUUUCCAUAUAGAUGUUUUUUAGCUUGGAAAGUAUCCCUCCUAAAUUGCUAACAGCUUUCAUUAUGGAUGGGUUUUGAAUUUUGUCAAAUGUUUGUCUCCUUCAAUUGAUGUGAUCAUAUGAUUUUUCUUCUGUAGCCUAUUGAUAAGAUGGCUUGCUGUGACUGGUUUUUGAAUGUCGAACUAGCUUUGCAUUCCUGCAGUAAACCACACCAAGUCAUGGAAUAUAAUUCUUUUAUUGUGUCUACAUUACAGCAUUUUAUUUGCUAGUAUUUUGUUGAGGAAUUUUAUGUCUAAAAUCAUGAGCAUGUUGGUUUAUAGUUCAAUAUUUUGUACUGGUGUUGGUGUCUGAGUAGUACUCCUUCCCAAAAUGAAAUGGGAAAUGUUCCCCUCUUUGUUUCCUUUUUUUCUGGAUGAGAUCUUGUAGACUUGGUGUUAUUUCAUCUAUUUCUGUAACAUUAUGUCUUGGAAGUGUGGCUUAUAAACUGAAUAUUGCUGGAUAUUUUUUAGACCUACCAAAGUUACUGACUGCUAUUUCAAACAUUUAUUUUGUGUGAUAGCUGGUAUAUUUGCUUUUAAAUACAUCUUGUUUUGUGCCUA